AUGGUGGACAAAGGGGAGAUAACGAAGACACCCUCGCCCCUGAAUAUCAACGAGGCGAUCGAGGGAAAAGUGUUGAAUCAAAAGACUGCUAGGAUACUUAAGAACGAUCUCUUGCUGUACGAGGCUGUGAUAAAAAAUGAGGCGGACACCGUUCGCAAAGUGCUGAAAGAGAGGGUCGACGUUGAUUCCAGGAACAACUAUGGUCGAGCGCCGAUUCACUGGGCAGCGUCCAGGGGGAACACAGAGAUCAUCGAGAUGCUGAUACAAGCGAAAUGCGACAUCGAGGCGAGAGACAAGUUCGGCAUGCGGCCAUUGCACAUGGCUGCGCGAUACGGGCACAGAGACGCUGUGAAAAUGUUAAUCAACGCCGCGGCUAACGUGUCAGCGGUAAACAAGAAACACCAAACUCUCUUAAUGUGCGCCGCUCAAGGCAACAACGUUCGAGUCAUGGAAUAUCUCGCUGAGGCUGUCGAAUCGUUGAACGGAGAUGCAACUGACUGCACCGGUGCAACUGCACUUCAUCAUGCGGCCAGCGCUGGUCACCCAAUUAUGAUAACCGCGCUUUCCAGCGUUCCGAGGAUCGAACUCAACGCCACAGACAACAAAGGACAGACACCGAUGCACUGUGCCUGCGCAGAGGAGCAUCUCGAAGCUGUGGAAGUUCUGAUAGAACUUGGAGCGAACGUGGAUGCUCAGGACAACGAGGGAAACACGCCUCUUCACGUGGCCACGAGAACAAGACACACAGCUAUAGCUCAACUAUUGUUAAAAGCUACUACGAACAUUGAGUUAACCGACGAAAUGGGUUUCACACCUCUGCACGUGGCAGCGAGUCAAGGGUGCAAAGGGAUCCUAGACUCGAUGAUCCAACAUGGCGCAGCACUCAACAAACAGUGCAAGUACGGGAACACGCCUUUGCACUUGGCCUGCCAGAACAACGAAAUAGAAACGGUCGAAAUUCUGAUCAAUAAAGGUGUCGAUCUGAAUUGCUUGAACUCAAGACUAGAAUCUCCGAUUCAUAUCGCCGCAGAAAUGGGACACACGGACAUUUGUGAGCUGUUGCUAGCAGCAGGUGCGAAUAUCGAGCAAAGGGAACAGAGCGGCAGAACGCCACUGUACAUCGCGGCGAGGGGCAGUUUCACGGCCAUUGUCGACAUGAUAAUUAAAACCGCGAGAUUGGACUAUCCGACACCGGAGGAUUCAACGUUCGACAAAGAGAUUCGCGAUCUAACGCCAGCCAGAAGGAGAUGGAGAGAGGGAUUUCGGGGUGAAAGUAUCUCGAGUAACAAUAGCGCGCUUCCCGAACAGAUUAGAUCUGUUCUGUGGAAGUUGGCGUACAAACAGUUAGGCCCUCAGGAUUGGAAAAAGUUAGCUAUGCAUUGGGCGUUUACUCCCGAUCAGAUUCGAGCGAUCGAACAUCAGUAUACAGGUUCUUCGAGUUACAAAGAACACGGCUUCCGGUUGCUGAUGAUCUGGGCCUCAGGAGUGAAUUCUGAGAUCGGUAUAGAAAAGGAACUGUACGACGCUUUGGCUGCUGUGGAUAAAAAAUCUGUGGCUGAAUCUGUUCGUAAGCACUUGGAUCAAGAGAAAGACGGGAAAAUGAAGUCGAACAAACAGCGAUGUCACAAAUGUUCCAUCGCUUAA